CAAUUGAACAUUUUACUACAUUAGAAUGCAUAAAUCGAGUGAAUAAAAUACGGAGACUGGUGUUUUUAAAUCUGCAUAAUUUUGUAGUUGUAGCUAGUGCAACAAGGCAUCAAUCAGUUCCAGGAAAACGCUUUGUGUACAAGCAACGUUCUGAUUUUUAUGUUAAUGGUCUUACCCUUUUGUUGUAAGAAAUUCCAGCACUACAAUUGACUUAAAAGCGCAUAAAGUUAUUCAACUAUGGAUCUGACGAACGUAGAUCAAGGCCUCGUGAAGAACGACCCAACACAAGAAGACACUUUCGAGGAAGAAUUAAUCUUCAUUUCUAACAGCGACUUCGAAGAGCUCGAAAACGAAAUAAAGAUUGAGGAAUCCUGUUUUUAUGACAAAGAUUUGGAGCCAGUUAAAAGCGUCCCGUCGAAGCUGAAGACAUGUAAAUCCACAAUAGCAGAGAAGCGCCUCUUGCGAAAGCGAACAGAGUCGUUUAAGUGUACCCAAUGCCAAAUGGCGUUUACAAAAAAGGAAAACCUCGAAUCACACUUGCGACUUCACGCAGAAGAACGUCCGUUCGAGUGCUCCCAGUGCUCCAAGAGCUUUAGACGCAGGUUGCAUUACAAGCGACACUUGCUCAAACACGAGAAGCGACCUCAUAGGUGUUCCAACUGUGCAAAGACCUUUACCCAGGAUUCAUCGCUUAAACAACAUCAGCUUGAGCACACUGGAGAGCGGCACUUCAAGUGUUCCCAGUGCGCAACGUCGUUUGCGCGAAAAUCGUAUCUUAAGGUACACUUACGUACGCACAGUGAAGAACGACCCUUUGAGUGUACCCAUUGCGAAAAGGCAUUUAAAAGCAGUUCGCAUCUUAAGGAUCACUUGCGAACUCAUAAGGAGGGACGGCCCUUUAAGUGUUCCCACUGCUCGAAGAGUUUUAAACUCAGGUCAAUUCUACAAAAGCACUUGCUGACGCACGCCGAACGAUCCUUUAAGUGUACCCAGUGCCCGAAGACUUUUCUUCAGAAUGAUGGUUUGCAAAUUCAUUUGCGAAUGCACGCGGGCGAAGACCCGUUCAAGUGUUCCCAUUGCUCAGAGACCUUUGCAAAGAAUUCGAGUCUUCAACUACACAUACUUGAGCACGCAGGAAAAGAGCCCCUUAAGUGUUCCCAGUGCUCAGCCACCUUUGCCACGAGGUCACUUUACCGAGUCCACGUGCGUUCGCAUACAAGAGAGCGGCAGUUUAAGUGCGACGAAUGCUCGAAAUCUUUCUUCAAGAAGUCACAUAUUGUCGAGCAUCAGCAAGUGCAUACGGGAGAGCGACCCUUUAAGUGUGCCCACUGCUCCAAGGACUUCAAAUGUCGUACGCAUCUUCGGGUGCAUUUGCUUGAUCAUUCUGGAGAAAAGCCCCCCAAGUGUUCCCACUGCUCGAAGGAAUUUAAGCUAAGCUCGCAACUGCUGGUGCACCUGCAAGAGCAUACUGGAAAAAACCACUUCGAGUGUCCCCACUGCUCGAAGUCCUAUACAACCAGCUCGUCUCUUCAUAUGCACUUGCGAACGCACACGGGAGAAUUGCCCUUCAAGUGUUCCCACUGCUCCAAGGAGUUUGCGAGAAGCGCAGACCACGAGGAACACUUGCGAACGCAUACGGGUGAAAAACCCUUCAAGUGUUCACACUACUCAGCCAGAUACACACAGAAGUCCAGUCUUGGGCGGCACCUGCGGACAAACCACUAAACUAAACUAAAUUAGUUUAGAAUUAUCUUAGAAAUAAUGUUUUGAUAAGUAAAGUAGGCGAAAACAAAUAAAUGCGUUUCAAUAUUUUUUGAAGUUUUGAUUUCCGAAUGGUGUGCCCAU